CUCGGUUCUAUUGAACUCUUUAUUGUGUUUAUCAGUUUCCUGUCGAUUGCAUACAAGACGCACCUUCGGCAAAGUUUUGCCCACUCUUUCGACGAGUCAUUAGACAUAACAUUAACAUAUUUUAAUAUUAAGUACCAAAGCUGUAAACACUGCUAAGUUUAGAGUAAACUUAGCAAGAUUCAUCUAUACACCGACCUUUGUUUGUGACGGAGAGUUUUCAUACAUCUUAUUAUCGCGAAUAGUGGAGGAUCUUUUUUGGAUUGCGAAAAGGAAACUUGCUGAAGCGAAGACUACAUCUGUGGCAUAUAUAUUUAUAUAUAUUAUAUUCAUUGUCGAUGUUUGUUGGCUUGCGGUUGGAAAUUCGUUGUCUUUGAACGCCACAGCUGGUGGAAAUUUACUCAUUUCUAGCAAAGGCGAAGUCUUCGUAAUAAUAUACUGUAUGCGUGGUGUUUCUCUUUGACUGAUAGAUACUCUGAAAGAACUAUGGUUUUGUCGCUUGUGGCCUCUAUUUGUUUCUGCCUUUCUUUAUUCCAAGUAACAAGCUCUCAAGAAGUUAUCAAAGAUGCAACAUUGAAGAAAUUCUGGUUCAAAAAAGCGUACUUAGUGAAUGGAACUGGCCAAGCGUUCCAGUAUGAAAAAAAAAAAUAUGGUUAUCAUACAUGUGCAGGCGGGGAAGAGCUAGAAUUAUGGCUUCUGACUAAAACCUUAACAAGCAACCAAAGCUUGCCUGAUGUGAAACUUUAUAUCGAAAUUGAAUCGCAAAUGGAGGAAUGUGAAGUCCAAAAUGGAGUUUGUUUCAAAGAUGGAUUUGAGCUGUUCAAAUACAACGGCACCGGGGAACCCGAAAUUCAAGUAGACACGAAAGCAACCGGUGAUAAGAAAGAGAAACAAAAAGCUAAAGCAUUUUUUGACGAACAUUUUACUUUCCUUGGUAACAUCACCGGAAACACAACAAGUAUGGAUCGAGUAAAUACGACAUUCACUUUAAACUUUAAGGAAUUUCGCGACAUUACGUUUGGUAUCAAAUCUAGGGGUGGUUGUGGCAGUGUAAUACGGAUAAAGGUUUAUUACUAUAUUUGUGAAGAGACAUUCAUAAAAAGUGUUAUGUUUAAGAAAACAUUGUCUCCUCAAAACGGAACCAAGGUAGUGUUUGGAAAUUGUUCUCUCAAUUCGCGUCGGAGUUCGCACAUGGGUGAUUUGAAAGCAUAUUGCUACAGCAAUGGAUCUUGGAGUACUGAAAAGAAUAUAAGUUGUCUGUGUGAUAGAGGAUACGAACCAACAGAAGACCAUGGUUGUUCUCCUUGUAAAUCCGGACGGUACAAGAAGGAGGUCUCAAACGAGAAAUGUAUGCCUUGUCCUGAAAACACGCUGGAUAACCGCACAACAUGCAUUUGUAAAUCUGGAUAUUACAACCAUCCCAAAGAUUUUGACUCUAAAAUGCCAUCAAGAUGCUAUGCUCCAAUUAAACUCGAUGAAGAACCGAUUGUUAAAGUAAUCAACGAUAGGAGUAAUCGUGUAAAUAUAACGUGGGUACCUCCAGUAAACAACAGUGGGGUCAUUGAAACAGUUUUUUAUGAUAUAUUCUGCUUUGUUUGUAACAAAACCAUCUGUAACAAAAGCUGUGCCGAGUUAACGUACACUCCUAAACAAUACAACUUGACGGAAACGCAUACUGUUGUAUCUGGUUUGGUUGAAGGCAUGACUUAUGAGUUUAGAAUUUAUCCAAAGAACAGUUUGAACAAAGUUAUUCCCAGAGAUAAAUGGACUUUCGUCGCAAGUAAACCAUUUCCUUUUGAAUCCACAGUUGAAUCGAAAGAGAAAGGAGAUAACAACCGUCUCACUUUUGUGGUUAUAAUCGUAUGUGUUGGAUGUUUAACACUACUUCUUGUUGCGUUCCUUUUCGCUUUUUGCCUGAGAAAACGUAAAGAAAAGAGUGGCUUAUUCCAGGGACUUUUAGCCGGUGGUGUUGAGUUACCAACAACGGGACGGAAGAUGUACGUAGACCCGUCAAAUUAUGAUAAACCAGAAGACGCGAUCUGCGAGUUUGCGGAAGAAAUUGAUGCAUCGCUUUUGUACCUGGAGAUGUUGAUUGGUGGAGGUGAAUUUGGUGACGUUUACAAAGGCUCAAUGUCAGUGGAAGACGGGAAAAAGAUUCCAGUAGCGGUGAAAACACUGAAGAAAGACGCAACAGCAAAGAGUGAAAAAGAUUUUUUACUUGAGGCAUCGGUCAUGGGUCAAUUUGAUUGCGCUAAUGUUGUCAAACUGGUUGGCGUUGUCACUAAAUAUAGACCGUGGAUGAUUGUAAUUGAAUUUAUGUCCAAUGGAUCAUUAGAUAACUUUCUAAAGGCCAACGACGGGAGAUUGUCGCAUAUAGAGUUGGUUACGAUGGCUAAGGGAGUUGCUGUAGGAAUGGAAUAUCUUGCUGGGAUGAAUUUUGUUCAUAGGGAUCUCGCUGCCCGAAAUGUUUUGGUUGAUGGAAGUUUGAUUUGUAAAGUUUCUGAUUUUGGUUUGUCACGUGAGCUUGAAGCGACCGACUCUUCACGGGGGGAGUAUGCCACCACGGGAGGUAAAAUUCCCAUACGAUGGACGGCCCCGGAGGCAACGAAAUAUCGGAAAUUCUCCUCUGCAAGUGAUGUUUGGAGCUUUGGUAUUCUACUUUGGGAGAUUAUGUCGUUUGCUGAAAGACCUUACUGGGAGUGGGACAACUUUAGGGUUAUGGAAGAAGUUGAUAAUGGAUUUAGACUCCCAGCUCCACUUAACUGUCCAAAAGGCAUCCAUGACCUCAUGUUGCAAUGCUGGAAAGCCGAACGCAUUGAAAGACCAAAUUUCACUGAAUUAAAUGUCGUUCUUGAUGGUUGGAUCCAGUUGCCCAAAACCAUGGAAGGCGAAGUUGACCUGUCAGCGGCUCUGCGUGAGUGGCUGGAGUCAAUUAAGAUGGGAGAGUAUGCAAGUAGCUUCAUAAGUGCGGGAUAUCACAGACCUUGUGAGCUAUAUGAGAUCAAAGAGGAUGCUCUGAAGGAAAUGGGGAUAAGUUUGGUCGGGCAUCGGAAUAAAAUACUGAAAGGAAUCAGAAACUUGCAAGGGAAAAAGAAAGGUGGAAAGCAGCCACUAAAGAAAGAAAUUUCGUUGGAAGUUUAAGAAAGCGUUUACAUAUCUUUCGUUACUCGAACGAAGGGUGAUGACCCUUUUCCAGCCUCAUAUACGGUCAUUUUUUAGCCAGCACGCAUCCGGGCGUUUGACUGCAUCCUGAGUAGUUCAGUUUUCAUCUCAGGUCAGUUGACUUGAUGAAGUACUGGAACGAUUUCUCCUCAAACGCUUUCAUCGAGUGUACCCAUGAUGAAGGAAAUUCAUUAGCGUGCAAACAGUCGUAAACAUUUUACCUAAUUUAUGCUGCGAAAAACUAUAUAAUUAUAGUACAAUGCAAGUGCGCAUAUUUGUAGCUAGAUUUGUAGAAUGUCACUUGCGUUCAUUCGUUCAGAACUACAAACACUGUAUGAUGGUGUGUGGUGAACUAUGGUUUUUCCUAGAAGAACAUAAGUAGUUUUUAGUCAAAGUAUCUUUUCUUUUCGUUGGAAUAGACGGCGCGAAAAUAUCAUCAAAUAUACACCUUUUGAGAGAUGAAUGAUAUCUAGGAUUGAUGCAUAAAAUGCAUCUAUAGAAUGUUGAAAAUAAAAGUAUUUAUUAAGAAAGUUGAAAUUGCAGAUAACCUUUACAUUGAUCACGUUUACAAACUGUUCUUCUAUAUAAUAUGAUGUUAUUAUGAUUAAAUUCUAUGCUAAAUAUAUUUCAUGACCGUUUUAUAUUUUGAUUCUGG